AUGGUGAAUUUUACGGAUUUAAACGACGAAUUAUCGGAAUACAUGAAAGAAAAAUGUGUGCCACCAGGUAUGCCACCUGCUGAAAUGUUGGUCGAUGGCGUGGCACUCCCGAAAAAUUUUCAAAAAUACUACGACAGAAUAUAUAACAUGGAAGUAAGAGAGGAUGAUGUUUGGGUCAUUACCUUUCCAAAAUGCGGUACGACGUGGUCUCAAGAAAUGAUUUGGCUCAUUCACAACGAUUGCGAUUUUAAAACGGCUAAAUCCGUAUUCAUAUACACGAGAUUUCCAUUUUUAGAGUUCUCGGCAAUAUGUCGCGAAGGUGAUGACGAACCGGAUACAGUCGAACAAGUCAUAACAAUGACGUCACCGAGAUUCAUAAAAUCUCAUUUACCCUAUCAUUUACUUCCAAAACAAUUGUGGACGGUUAAACCCAAGAUAAUUUACGUUUAUAGAGAUCCGAAAGAUGCUGCAAUUUCUUAUUAUCAUCAUUUUAAAAUGUAUAAUUGGUACGAAGGAACUUUGGAUAAAUUUUUGGAAAGUUUUUACAAAGAUAAAUCCGUUUACUCUCCGUUUUGGGAACACGUUUUAGAUUUUUGGAAAUUACGAAACGAACCAAACAUAUUAUUUAACACGUUCGAAGAAAUGAAAGAGGAUUUGAGAAAAGUCAUUGAAAAAACAGCCAAGUUCUUAUGUAAAACCGUUAGGGAAGACAAAAUGGCGGAACUGUUGGAACAUUUGGAUUUCAAAUCGAUGAAAAACAAUCCGAUGAUAAAUGUCGAUGAUGCGACUCCACUCCAAAAAAAAGAUCCCAACGCAUCCUUUUUCAGAGAGGGUAAAACAAAAGGAUGGAAAACAUCUUUCACUCCGGAACAAACGAAAAAAUUCAACGAAUGGACGAAAUUAAAACUAAAAGGAACCGAUUUCGACUACCAAUUUUAA